AUGGCUGCUACCUCGCCAGCACCGCCGCUCAAGCGCUCGUCGCCACCGCCGGCCAACCCGCCCGCUCGCGCCUUCAAGCUCCCCCGCCUCGCCGCGACCACGACCCCGAUUCAGACCUCGCUCCCUCCUGCACGCCUCAUGCCCGAGCCCACCAGCCGCACCCCCAAACUCGCUAGCCUCUUCAAGAAGCCCCACGAGCGCGACCCGGCCCCCAUGAGGAAUGUCGAGGCCUCGUUCGUCGACACGCACUUUGACGUCGAGGAUGCCGCAAACUACCAAGACGCGCUCCUCAUCCUCGAGGGCAUCUCGAACCGCCUCAACCACCUCACCCGCCACCAAGUCCGCCUCCUCCUCUGCAUCGCCCUCUUCCCCCAGCUCUUCAAGCCCCCCGAGCAGCACGGCAUGACUCACUUCUCGUCGCGUUCAACCUCGACACCGUCGUCCGCCCCGUCGCGCACCGCCCUCCUCGUCACGUCCCCCGACCCGCUCGCUCCGACCCACCGUCGCCUGCGCGAGCUCGCGUGCGCGCUCCUCGCCGAUGCGCUCGACGCGCAGGGCGGCGCAGAGCUCGUUGGCGACGCCGUCGUCGGGUACGGCAUGCCCUCGAGGGCCGACGCCGGCUCGUCCCUGAGCGCGGCAGCAGGCGCCGCCCUCGACUCGGACGACGAGGGCGACUACCCGGCCCGCAAGAAGCUCAAGGCGGCCAAGGGCAAGGGAAAGGCGCGCGCCGCCGCCGGUCCCGACGUCGAGGACCCGCACGACGGCGACGACGUCCUGUCGCUCGCCGCGAACCGCAUCCUGUCGGACGCGACCGACCUGUGGGAUGUGCUCGGCGGGACGACGGCGCGUCGAGAGCGCGUCAGGAGCGCGAGGAGCCCAGUGCUCGAGGUCGGCGGGUGGGACCUCGUCGCCGUGCUCGUCGCGGCGUGGGACAAGGAGGCCGAGCGCAAGGCGGCAGCUGCACGAGCUCAAGGUGUCGACCUCCCCGAGCCGCUCAGCCUCCUGCGCCAGUUCAAGCCGAGCGCCUCGACGAGCGCCGCACGUCAGCUGUCGCCCAAGGCGCUCGACGUCGUCUUCUGGCCGUUCGUGCACGGCUCGGCGUCGGACGACGAGGAGGACGAGGACGAGGAUGGGUCGGACGAGAAGGGCUCGGAGCGGGCCGAGGCGGACGGGACGAGCCUCGAGGUCAAGCGUCAAGUCGCCGUCCGGCUCCUCAAGCUCAUCGGCGACUCGGCGGUGCAAGGGUACCUCGACGGCGAGCCGACCGUGUCGGACCUCGUGCAGCGCAUGAAGGCGCUCGCCCAAGACGACUUUGUCGCCCUUGUCGAGCACCUCGCCGACAUCUCGACCGCGCAAGUGUUCACGACGCGCCUCCUCACCGCCUACCUCGAGACGCACUCGCACCCGCCCUCGGCCGUCGUCCAGCUUCACCCGUCCUUCGCGCCUUCAACCCUCGCCUCCACUGCCGACCCGUCGCACCCCCUCUCGCCCCGCAAGCUGUCCGCCACGACCUCGCUCUCCAAGCUCAACCACUCGUCCGCCUCCAUCCCGACCGCGACCGCGCACUCGGCCUACUGGCGCAUCCCGAGCAUCGCGCAACCAGCGCAACUCUUCGACCUCGCGCAGCGCGUGCCAAGGGACGUGCCGCUCCGAGGCGGCCGCGGCGGCGCAGGCGCGAGCGCGAGCGCGAGCGCGGACAAGGGCAAAGGGCCGGCGGGGCUCUCGCGUCGCGCGCAGCUCGAGGUCGCCCGGUUCGAGGUCGUCAAGGAGGCGGUGGUCGGUCUCGUUGUGGGGCAGGCGCGGCGAGACGUCGUCGGCGAGGACGGCGAGCGGGAGAGGGGGGACGAGGAGCGGGCCGAGGUCCUGCGGCAGGCGCCGCACGGUCCUCGACUCGACGGCUCUUCCUCCGCCUCUCGCCUCAGCUUCUCGCCCUCGCUCAUCCUCGCCAUCCUUGCGACGUCCUCUCGACGACCCUCGUGCCGCGUCGACACCGCCGUCGUCCUCGCGCACGUGACCCGGCAACUCAUCUUCUCGUCCGGCGUCUUCGGCCGGCGCUCUCGGACCGCGACGGCCCACGGCGGUCCACCUUCCUUCUUCAGCAUGCUCUUCCCGACCCUCUCGACUACGCUCCUCGCGUUCGCCUCGCUCGCGACGGCCAAGCCCGUCGCCGCCCCGUCGACCCUCUCGAGCGCCGUCUCUGCGCCCUCCUCGUCCGCCUCGUCGUCGUCGACGGUCCCUGCGGCGCCACGCUUCAAGUGGCUGUACACGGCCAUGGUCCUGUGCCCGGCGAACGUCAUGCCCAACGUGACGAGCCCGCAGGGCGUGCGCAAGGCGAUUCCCAUCGUCGGCGGCAACGUGACCAUGGCCGACGGCAGCGAGUGGAAGAUUCGGGACUUGGGCGCAGACUGGGGUACGGUCGACCCUCGCACCGGCAUCUUCACGGCCGACACGCGGUACAACGCCUACAACGACAAGGGCGACGACCUGUUCUUCCAGACGUCCGGGCCCGGUCAAGCUGCGGGCGGCCUGCACCUGCGCGCAAAGAUCGAGACGGGCAGCGAGGCGUACUACUGGCUCAAUCACGUCGUUGCGGUCGGCAUCCUCAAAAACCUCGGCGCCGACGCCAAGAACGUCUCGACGCUCCGCAUCGACGUGUUCAACUUCGACGACGACCGCAACGCGACCAACACCAAGCUCUUGUUCUAG